UGAUUUGUGAGCAAUGGAAAUAAUUUGUAUGUGUUGCACAUAUUGGACAAUGAACAACAUGGUUUGUAAAUUUGUAAGGGAGAAUAGUUUGAGCAGUAUAAGUAGGCGUGGUUACAGCGGUAUAAAUAUGCGUGGUUACAGCGGUAUAAAUAGGCGUGGUUACAGCGGUAUAAAUUGGCGUGGUUACAGCGGUAUAAGUAGGUAUUGUUAAAGCGAUAUAAGUAGGCCUGGUUAAGCGGUAUAAGUAGGCGUGGCUAGAGCGGUAUAUGUAGGCGUGGCUAGAGCGGUAUAUGUAGGUGUGGUUAGAGCAGUAUAAGUAGGCGUGGUUAGAGCGGUAUAAGUAGGCGUGGUUAGAGUGGUAUAAGAAGUCGUGGUUAGAGCGGCAUGAGUAGUCGUGGUUAGAGGGUCGUGGUACUCACAACAAAAACAAUAUUAACACUUCCACUAUCAACACUGUCGAGCUACUGUAUGCAUUCACUUAUACAGUAUACAUGUAGCUGAUAGUCUCGCACUCGUCCUAAGAGACCAUGAAGUUCAGGAUAGGUUUACACAGAGAGAGAGAGGCCAUUAGAGAGACAGACCUACGGGCAUGAAAACAAAUCAAUUAGAUCGAUGCAAAAUUAUUAAGCGGAGACAUGUAGACAGACAAACAAAUCAUAACACAGAUGAGGGCACAAGGGAGAGACCAAUCCAAAUCUAAAGAGAGAGAGAGAGAGAGAGAGAGAGAGGGUAGUAUUGACCGGCGUAAACGAGAGAGAGAGAGAAAAAAAAACAAGAAAGAAAGUAUGAAAACAGAGGGUUAUAUAGUGGCUCUGCAGCAAAAGAGAAGAAACAGAAGUGAGAUAUAUAGAAUACGGGAGAAGAUUUAGAUCUGGUGUGCACUAAUUGCAUAAGGAUUUGCUUCUUAUGCUACUUAUAUAGCCAAACAUCUGACAAAACUAAAUUAGUAUUUUUUUUUACAUUACUUUUCUUUUUUCUUCAUUAAUAAAUAAAGUUAAGUCUUUAAUGUGUCUUCAAACUGUCUUGACAAUUUUGAUCUAGAUCUUGUCGUCUUAAUGUGAUCUAGAGGUGCAAGUGUACUUUAGAAGUCAUCAAUUAUUCAUCUACCCAAGAUUCGGGGCUGCUAAAUGUAACCAAAGUACUAUUAGCGCUUAGCGAUUUGACUCAGUAGUGUUCCUUGAUUGGCUCUUUUCUUGACAGAGGAAAAAAAAACACAAAAAACAAAUAUGGAUGACUUCUUAGAGCUGUGAUUUCUCGACUAGAUUUCGGGAUCGUGGAAAAUUCAAAUUUAGUUAUUGUGUUGUGUUGUGUCUUCAUUCGAGUACAUUGGAUUAUAAUGGGAAUACGAAUGGGAUGUAUCCAAUACUGUGCAGGUUCAUUGUGAUUCUUCCUUGGUGAUCUAUAAGCUCGUGGUUUUUGGUGCCUUCUGGCUGUGAAGCAGCCAGCGCCAUGCUGUCCAACGCCACGUCACGGCUGACAUGCAUCAGUUCAUUCGAAGAGGAGAGCGAGGAAGAGGAGGCAGACGACAGCGAGGAGCAAGUGAACGGAGAGAAGUCUGGCUUUUUAAAUGGUUUAUGGAAAAGAUUUGACAAGCCCAACAAGACGCUGUCGGAUGUCCAGCAGUCGUCCAGUCCUGGGUCACAGACAUCGCUCAACCAGCAGCUGGCCAUGAGAGACGCAAGUGGAUACCAGGCCAUGGGCAUCACCAGGGGCGCCAGCCUUAACAGUCAGAGUCGAUCAGCGUCGGAGGAGGACAAGGGAGAAGGGGAGUCCAGCGUGUGGAAAAAUGUCAAAUCUAUCGCCAGCAUGCUCAUGGAUGAGGCGGAGGUGGUGGAGCGAGGCGCCCAGGGACCGUACGUGGAAGGGGUCGACUACAAGCUGGGCAGCCUUCAGCUCGGACUUAUAUACGACUUCCAGUCAUUGACCUUGACACUGAGGAUUAUCAAGGCCAAAGAUUUACCCGCCAAAGACGUAACGGGUACCAGCGACCCCUACGUGAAAAUCAUGCUUCUGCCGGAUAAAAAACACAAACUUUUAACCAAAGUCAAGAAAAAGAACCUUAACCCGCAUUGGAAUGAGUGUUUUCUAUUUGAAGGCUGGCCACAUAACAAACUUCUGGAGAAAACAUUAUACCUUCAGGUUAUCGACUAUGACAGAUUCAGUCGAGAUGACCCCAUCGGCGAGACGUACAUCCCGUUGAACGAGGUCGACCUCUCACAGUCUCCCGUCUUAUGGAAGUACCUGCAGCCAUGCAAGGAUUCUCGGGGCAAGCUGGGUGAGUUGCUCUUAUCUUUGUGUUACCAACCCAACAUUGGAAGACUCACGGUCACUGUCAUGAAGGCUAAAGAUCUCAAGGCCAAGGACAUUACCGGAUCGUCGGAUCCUUAUGUUAAAAUCUGGCUGUCCUUCGGAGCGACUCGAGUGGAAAAGAAAAAGACCAACAUCAAAAUGAGAUCGUUGAACCCUAUCUACAACGAGUCCUUCAUUUUUGACAUCCCUUGGGAAAAAAUCCGCGAAGCCAACUUGGAGGUGAGCGUCAUGGACUUUGAUAAGGUCGGAAGGAACGAGCUGAUUGGUCGGGUCGUGCUAGGCUGCCGCAGCGGACCAAUGGAAACGAGACAUUGGAACGACAUGGUGGCGAAACCAAGGCAACAGGUGGCGCAGUGGCAUUUGUUGAAAGACUGAUGAUAUGCUCUCAGAUUGUUUUGCCUCAGUAGCUAUUGUUCUAUAUUGUUAUUUUUUUGAGCGUAUGGUGAGACUAAAAUUGUGAAGCAUGAAGAUACAUAACAAGUAGCAGUUACUUGUACACUAAAUACAUUUUUGUUGAAGUUGUUAACAAAUUUCAGUUACAACCUAAUGAUAAUAUGGGAUCAACUUUUUUAAAUUGAUUGUCCAACAAGGGUGUUUGCAAUUUUUUUUUUUUUUAAUUUUUUUUUUUACUGUUAUUAAUGUAGACCCAGAUUUGAAAUAUUUCCAAACAUUUGGAAAGACUAAUCCAAGAAUUAAUUGUUAAAGCAUAUAGAUAUAGAUAUAUUUCCAAUACGAAUUGGAAAGAGAAGUUGUUAAAAAAAUCAUUUUUUAUUAUUAUUAUAAUUUUUUAUGACUAAUUGUUAUCAGUUUGGAUUGAAAAAAAUCAUUACAAUUAAAACGUAUUGAUUAGCGUUUCUAGUAUCGUAAACUAAUACCAUAUUUUUAUAUUUAUUUUUCACAAUAUUUUAACAAAUUUAAUCAAAGCUAAAAUAAUAGUUUCAGGAAAUGUUUUAGUCCCAAUAUUUUAAUUUAUUUUUUUUUUGACAUUCUUAAACUCAACAGAACCGGUAAAACUUUUAUUUUAAUCUUUUAAUUAAUUUUUUUUUUUUAAGAUUUUUUUUUUUAAAUUUUCUAUAAAUUAUUUUUUAUCCAUGGAGUGAGCUUAAGGAAAUAACGCCUUGAUCUAGUAGUGGGAUGAAUCAAACAUUUCUUUUAUUCUGUUAGUUGUACUUUUAACACUGUGCUAACUUUAAAAAGCUUUCACAUGGCAUUGAAGUCGUUUUUUCAAAGUCACCAGUAAUAAUAUAUUUUUGUUACAGAGAUUUUGGCUCAGCUGCAAAUUUUAGUUUAAAAUUCUGUCUAUAUACAUAAUUUAAAUGUCAACAUUUAAAAGCCAAUUAAGUUCUAUUUAAAAUGUAGACUUGACAUAUUUAAUGUAAAAUCAUCAGUUAUUGACAUCAAAACUAAGUUGUGUAAUGACUAUACAGCUAAAAUAAAAUGUUUGGAAAAGUAAUAGCAGAUUUUUAUUUAUGUGGAGUUUUCCUUAAUUCAGAGAGUAUCAAUAGUUGUUAGAAUUAUCUCCACCAGUAAAAUAAAGAAUGUUAUGAACAUGGAUAAUGUUGACAUUUCUUUUAUGUUUAAUAAGAGAGAGAAAAAAAUCAGUAAGGAAUGGUAAUAUUUGUCAAAACAGUUGUUGGCAGAAAAAAUAAAUUUUGAGAAAAAAAUAUUUCGAACCAACUGUUCUCUGGAAUCAUAAUUUGAGAAAUAUAUGAUCUAAAUUUGUUGAAUGACAAAUUAAAAUUCAAUAGAUCUUAAAUAAAGAAAAAACACUUAAUUUUGCCUCUUCUUUUUCAUCAAGUGAUUCGUUUUAACAAAACUUAAGAAAUAUAUUUUGAUAAGGUAAUGUUAUUAAUUUUUAUCUUGACAAGUCUAUAUUUUUGAACUGUAGCACUACUUAAAACAUUUUAUAAUACAAAAAAAAACUAGCAUAAGCUUCAGAAAUAUAUAAUUACCGUACAAGGAAAAAUUUGAUGGAAAAAUCGUAAUCAUACAUUUUGUUACAAAGAUCCUACACAUGCUAGAACAAAAAAAAGUGGACAAGUAUUUGACUACACUGAGCAGAUGACUUGACUCUCUGCUUCUAUAUUUGUUCAUAUUAUUAUUGUUGUUUUUUUAAAGAGUGUGGAAUAGAUGCUUCUCUAGGAACACUGUUUAAUAUUAGCAUGUAGAUAAGAUACAUGUGACUAUUUCAUGACAUCUGCACUAUCCAUUACAUUUGUCCAUUUAUUAGUUACAUUAAUUAUAUUAUUUGUUCUGAUUUAACUAUGUAAUUUUUAUAUUACACUUGUUUACAUUUUUUAAUAUAUAUAAUUAUAUAUUUUUUUUUUUUGUUGUCGUAUACAAACUAAAAUUUGAACCAGUGAAAUUGUGUCCUUUUUUAAUAUAUAAAAUAUGAAAUGUUAAUUUUGUUUUAUUUUUUUUUAUUGUAAAACAUCUUGUGGAUGUUUUUGUCUGCAAGAUAAAUAAAAUGCAGAAUGAAAUUCUUUGACAAAAAAAAAAUGUUCGUCAGUCGUCUGUCUAAAUAAAAAAGUAAAUAAAAUUAUUGUAUUUAAAUUUGAUUUAAUGUAAACAAAUUUUGCAACUUGUCAAAAGCAAUUUUUCUUUGCAGUAAUAUUUUGUAUUUCCUUUUGUUUUUUUUCAUUGUUUUUAAUAAAUGCUUUAAAAAUUUAAUUCUGGAAAUAAAUUACCUUGUAAAGUUAUUAUUGAAAAGUAAAAUUUAAAAAAAAUUAACUUUUAAUGUAUUUGAUGCAAAUGUUUUGAAAACCUAAUUUUAUUGUAAAUGUCAGAGAUUUUCAUUAAUCAAGUGAAAAAGAUAUUUAUCCUCUUCACUGAAUGUGCUUGGUACUGUCUUCUCUUUAUCUGUUACCAUUAUCAAAUGAUAACAAUUCAAAGCAAUAAAAAGCAUCUCUUUAAACUAAAUUGUUCCACUGGUACAUAUUUAGUCAACAUAUGUUUUUUCAAAAAGAUUAUUUGGUUAGACACUUGCUUAGACAUAGACCCUCUUAGUGCAUAGGAUGGCAAGAUCUCUCAACAGAGAUUGGUCAUAGGCAUUUUCCCAGCUGUUGCCUAUGGAUUUUAGGUCUUCUAAAAAGGUGUGUUUAGACACAUCUGCAAGUUAAGCUAGUCCUGAUUUAGAUUGUACUAUUUUUGUCAAACAGUUAUAGUAAAUAUUAAAAUAACUUGUGUACACAAAGCACAUCAUGAGAAUGAAAAAUUAAUAACAUUAAAUUUGUUUUAAAUUUACCUACAUUUCAUGCUUUUCUUUCACUUUCUUAUGGUUUUUCUUUCUAUUGGAUACACGAGGAACAAAAUUUAAUCUAAUAAUUUCUUAACAUCUAUUUUUUUAUCUAUAUUAUAUUAAUUUGAAAUCGUCUCUUUAUUGUUUUGUUUUUUUAUUUGGGUCAAAUGUCAUUUGCCAUUGUAUCUAGCCAUUCAUUCAUCCAUCGAGUCAAAUCAUCAUCAUAACACUUGACUGUUUUAGAGUUCAAAACAGCUUGCAUGUUGGUGGCUUCAUAUGUUAAACCCCAUGCUCCAGUCCAAUCUUUACUGGUGGAAUAGGACGGGAUGUUGUUGUUCUGUUUUUCUCUACAUAAAGAGUAGGCUGGCUCUUAGACCUCAAGAUGUCCAUUGGUCUUAGACUAAUUUAUUUUUUUUUAGCUUUAAAUGUUUUAAAGAAUUAUCUUAUUGUGAGUAUAUUAAUGUCUUUAUGCAAAAGUCUUAAAUGAUGCCCACAGCCUUCAAGGCUAAUCUCAUUAAGUAUGAAUUUUUAAAACCCUGAAUGAAGAUGAACAGAAAAAAAAACAGCAUAAUUGACAGCAGAGUAGAUAUGGAAGUAAAACCAUUAUAUUUAAUUAGGUAUAUAUGCUGAAUGAAAUCAUUUGAGAUAACAUGGGGAAACCCAAUGCUGUCAAACUUUUCCUACUUUUGAGAAAUCCAAGUUUUAUUUCAUUUAUAGAAUAAAGUAAAUAACUUAUCAGGUGUUAAUAAUCAAGAGGAUAUGAAAAAAAAAUUGACCACUCUGUUGUCUUACACUAAGAGAGAUUAUGGAAAUAGCAGAUUAAAAUGAGUUAUUUUCAAAAAUUUGUUUAAAAGUUACAUAAAUUGAAGGUAGCAAUACAUUUAUCAACAUUCUAUAACAAAACUAUUGUUAUGUGCAAUUUGUUUUCGAUAAGGAUCUCUCUUUUUUUUUUUUAAAGGCUCUAAAAAGUUAUUGGAAAAAAGAUUUUAAACCCUUGAAGUUAGGUAACUCCCCUAGAAGUUGAAUACAUAGCUGAUAGGGAUACUAGGGAUCAGUUUUUAAUUUUUCAUUAUUCGAUUCUACUUUUAUUAAAUAGCAAUAGCAUUUUAACAGACAAGCUAAUUAAAAAACCUCAAUAAGACAUAAAUAAUUUAUUUAUAAGAUAUACUUCAAUAAACUUCAGUCCUAAUGAGUAACCUGAAUCGACACCCCCAUCGGGUCUUGGCUCUUACUUUUAUGAAAUAAUGAAAGAUCUUAUGGUCCCGUCAUCUAAGUAUUCUCUGACAUGCAAGCUAACGUAGAGUGUCCAUGGAGUGUGACAUAUAUCUUUGUUAUGUAAUGCACCAUCACCUAUGUCAAACUUUAUGUCUUCAGCAGUCGGAGAGAAAAACAACUUAUUAACAAACUAUAGAUGCCAAUAAAAGCUACUUAUAACAAA